AUGGCAAACCACGUCUCCAAAGCCUCCAUGGCAAAUCGCCACGGCGCUGCAUCCUCCAAUGUCGGCUCGGGACAGCUGUACGUCGACGGCGAUCAACGCGUCGACUCGCAGGCCGAGAUCCGGGAGAGGGAGAGGUACAAGGAGGGACAGACGGGCAGUCAUAUGGCCAACGACUCCAGUUCGUCCACCCACGUUCUGUUCAAGGACGAUCGAUCAAUUGCCAACCGUCUCGCCCGCGAAGAGCAAAGGGCGCGGAAAGGCGAGCAGGAUCAGCCGGUUGACCGGGAGGCAGAGUUGAGUAAGAAGGAUCCUACGUUGCCGGCCAAGAACCACGGCAACAAACCCUCCAAGGGAGCGCAAAUCGAUGCCGAGUUGAAAGCUGAAGAUGAGCAGAGGCUCCGGGAGAAAAGAGGGAAAUAA